UUUUUAAUUCUUUUUUGCAGAUGCUUAUUAAAUAGCUUUAACUUACAAAAGUUAACGAGUAAUUCUAUCGUUGCUAUUACUGCCGUUGUUUUGGUUAAUUUUUCUAAACUAUUAGUUGAUAUCGUCAAUUUAUUGUUUAGAAUUCUUGAACAUAAUAUCUUAAUCAAGUUUUAUACAAAAUAAUUUAAAAGUUCUAAAAAAAAAUGUUCGAUAAAAUUUUUGUUAUAGCUUAUGCAACUUUGGCUUUAUCUGCGACCAAUGUCACAAUUAUGACACCGAUAUCAACAAGUGUUGCAUCUUCAACUCUUUUAGAACCAAAUCUAACGAGUAGAGUAUAUACAACUGUUUUACAUCCAAAUCUUACUAGUAUUAUACGUACAACUGUUUUACAGCCGAAAUUAACAAGCAUUUUUUCAACGACUGCAUUACAACCAAAGUCAACGAACGUUGCAUCCAUUUCUGUACUACAGCCUAAUUCAACAAGCAUUGUAUCUACCUCUUCAUUACAGCCAAAUUCAACAAAGGUUGUAUCUACUUCCGUAUUACAGCCAAAUUCAACAAGUAUUGGACCAGCAACUACAUUACAGCCAAAUCUAACGAGUACCAUAGUUACAACUGUAUCACAGCCAAAUCUAACAAGUAUUAUACUUACAACUGCAUUACAGCCAAAUCUAACGAGUACCAUAGUUACAACUGUAUCAAAGCCAAAUCUAACAAGUAUCAUACUUACAACUGCAUUACAGCCAAAUCUAACGAGUACCAUAGUUACAACUGUAUCAAAGCCAAAUCUAACAAGUAUCAUACUUACAACUGCAUUACAGCCAAAUCUAACGAGUACCAUAGUUACAACUGUAUCAAAGCCAAAUCUAACAAGUAUCAUACCUACAACUGCAUUACAGCCAAAUCUAACAAGUAUCAUACUUACAACUGCAUCACAGCCAAAUGUUACAAGAGUUUUAUCUACCACUAUAUCAAACCAAAAUAUCACAAGUAUUAUAUAUACUACCGUUUUAUAUCCAAAUAGAACUUCAAUAACUUCCACUAGUACUAUUAAACCUUCUUAUGUUACAUCUUCAAAUGUUACAUAUGUAGUCAGCAGUUCAGUGCCUUCUCCAACACCAACAACAGGUCCACCAAUGGUGCACUACCAGUUUCCAGAAAAUAACUCGUGCAUUAAACUUGAAAGUGAAAUAGGAAUUAAAGUUCCAAACAUUUCUCAGACUGUUUGGUUAGAUCAAAGUGCUUCCGUAAAUGGAUCUUGUGGAUUUAUUAGGUCUUUCAUCACACUUUAUUACUUAUCUCCUUUAGAAAUAAUACUCACCAUGAACUUUUACGCUAGUGCAAGUACAUGGAGUUUAACCAAUAUUACAGCGAACUUAGGUAAUACAUCUUUAAAAUUAUGGAGUGUUCAGGAAUCAAUUUUAAAUGUUCCUCUUAAUAAUUCUUAUCAUUGUGAAAACGGCCUAGAAUAUGAUCUUGUCUCUGGCAAUUACAGAGUUACCAUUACUUUUAAACAACUCGUUAUUCAAUCGUAUAUAAACAAUGGAUUGUAUGAUAAAUAUAAAACGUAUUGUUCUAAACCUGUAUCGCCAGUAGAAUCAAGUAGUAUUGUACCUAUAGCUGUCGGUGGAGCGUUAGCCGGUCUUAUUGUUAUUGUUCUUAUCGGGUAUUUAAUCGGUAGAAGACGUAGUGGUCGUGGAUAUCAAAAACUUUAAAUUCUUUUUUUAAACUUUUUGUUAUCCAUUAUUUUGUUUAUUGGUCUAAAUUUAA